AUGUUACGUUUAGGAACAGAGAAUGAUUUCAAUGCACUCUAUUCAAUCUACAUGCAUCCAACGGUCAAUCCAUAUUUAAAUUUUGAAAUGAUGAGUAAAGAAGAAUUUCUUCCAUUAUUUCAUGAAUUAAUAACAUCUGGAACAUUGUACGUGUAUGAGAAUGACGAUGGACAAGUAGCAGCUACUUGUAUUGUGUGCCGUUCACAACGACGUUUUUCACAUGUUAUAUGUUUGACAACAUUUGCAACGAAUCCGAAAUUUCAGCGGAAAGGUUUUGGUACAAAGCUGAUUCAAAAAUUAAUUGAAGAAUUAACAAAAGACGAACGAAUAAAGCGAAUCGAACUCUAUGCAGAAGUCGAUAAUGAAAUCGGUUUGAACUUCUAUAAAAAACUUGGCUUUCAAGUGGAAGGCUGCUUGAGAAAAUCUUAUAAAAGAAUGCAAGAUGAUCAUCCUAUUGAUGAACUUGUGUUAGCGAUGGUUUUCGAUUAA